CCAAAUAUUCAGCCCACAGUUUUGAGUCCUCAAACGUAACGAAUCCCUCCUCAAUAUAAAUUCUCUAACUUCAUCGUGAAUUCAUACCAUCCCUGCAUGAAUGAAAGCAUAUUCGGCAGUGACACCGGUACAGUACUCACCACAUUUCUAAUAAGAAUAUUUCCAUUCUACAAUCUACCUUUGCGCAUUGAUUUAUACAAGGCUUCUGUACUCACCAAAAACUAAAAUUAAAAUUGAAAAAAAUGCAGUCACUUCAGCAGAAGGCUGCCGGUUACAGUGGGGUUAACACUAACGACGCUUUUGCAAUUGAUGAAACUAAUCUUUUUGACAAAUUUGGACUUCAAACUUUCAUUGAUCUUUCAACCAACUUCUAUACCAGGGUUUAUGAUGAUGAGGAAGAAUGGUUUAGGUCGAUAUUUGCAGAUUCGAAGAAAGAGGAUGCAAUUCAGAAUCAAUACGAGUUCUUUGUGCAGAGAAUGGGAGGCCCACCUCUGUUUUCUCAGAGAAGAGGUCAUCCAGCGCUGAUUGCACGUCACAGGCCAUUUCCAGUGACUCACCAAGCGGCAGAAAGAUGGCUGCAGCACAUGCAACAAGCCGUGGACACUACUCCUGACAUUGAUCCUGAUUCAAAAACUAAGAUGAUGAACUUCUUCAGGCACACAGCUUUUUUUCUCGUUGCCGGAGAUGAGUUGAAACCUCAAAACCAGCAAGUUCCUUGCAAGCAUGCAGCUAAUAAACCUUCUGAGGAGUGACAUUUUUAUGAUUCAACAUUUUUAUGCUGGCAAUCUGGAAUUCUUCAUGCCGUUGCCAGUUAUUUGGAAAGCAUCACACAAGUGUAAAGGAGUUGUGGUUAAUGGUGUUCCUAUGAGAAGCAGUCAUCACUAUUUUAGUUUCGCUUAAAGUUCUUUUGAGUCCAUAAUGAAUAGAUUUUUUUUCUUCAUAUUUUCAAGUUUUGUAUUUACCACCUUAUAAAAUGAAAUUUCAUGUUUACCACCUUAAUUUUAUGAAACAUUUGUAUUCACCAUUUUUUAACGGAUUCCAUUUAAUUUUC